CAGACCGAAGCUCUUCCACCUUGCCUCACCCAACACGAUUCUCAGAUUCACCACGUCUCCCGCAGCUCUAUCCCUCUCUACGAAAUAACUGUUUCUUACUUUCAUGUCCAACUCUUUCCAGGCCAGGAUGACAGUGCAUUCUCCCACCGCACCUCCUGCAGGCGUAGCAGCCUCUGACACAGCACCAAAUCACCCAAAGCCUCCAAUCAUGGACGUCCAUAAUGCUGCUGCCUCCUCCACGGCAACCGCUGCUGAAAGUGAAGCUGUCACACCACCACCUCGCCUCUUGGACAGCGACCCAAGCAAGUUUCGGUCUCUGAAGCAGGUCAUCGUUGUCGGCCAGCCUGGGAGCGGUACUGAUGGCGUUGGCGAUGCACUCAAGAAACUCGGUUUCAAGGUCUACGACUUUCAGGCCGCUAGCAACCGAUACGAACGCGACUUCCCUCUUUGGCUCGAAGCCGCACGCCUACACCAGGAAGGUCGGCCAUACAACCAGUCCGACUACGACAAGGUGAUUGGCGAUCACAAUGCCCUCGUUGGAGCCCCGACCAGCUUUUUCGACCAUGAAUUUAUCAAACUGUACCCUAACGUAAAAGUUAUACUGGUGACGCGAGAAUCUAACUUGGAUAUCGUCGAGAAGCUUCUCGGGAAGGUUACGUCUCGUUUCUGGCAGCGCAUUGAUCCUGUCUACCACGGUAACAUAAACCGGUUCCUCAUGCUAAACGCUAAAUCGGAUAACCAUUACUGUAUGAAGAACGACCGAGUCAUUCGCGAGACUGUCCGAGAGAAGAACCUUUUCGAGAUCCACGACUUGAUCGCAUGGGUGCCACUGUGCAAGUUUCUUGGUGUUCCGGUCCCAGACGAACCCGCGCCAGAGCUUCACGACAACACAAUCCAGGUAGAACUUGCUGCGCGUCCACAACGUGUGUUCCCAGAGAAAGCGAAAAAGACCGGCCGUCGUAUGGUCGUGGGGCUAAUGUACACCUUCACGAUGGUCUCAACCACCUUGGUCUCCGCUCUUGCAGUCUUGCUCGGAAGCCUUGGCCUCUUCAAACUCUCGUCCUUAAGCCUGCAGCUCUUCAACUUCCUCGUGGCAUGCUCCCAGGUCCGCGACAUAACGCGCUUACUUGCCGGAGGAAUAGCAUCGCUCACUCUCGUCUGUGGCUUUGUUGCAGGAUGUUGUCUGGCUCGUAUGCGUAUCGCCAACGCUGAUACGGUUGCAUCACCUCGCCGCGACUACCAGCGCAGGAACAAGAACGGCCGUAGGAAGGGCAAACAAUGCCGUGGAAGGCAGUCUGAAGAUGAUGAGAAUACCCGUCCCGAGCGCCCAACACACCCUAAGUGGAGCGGCGUACAGGAGAACAUCCGCAAGGACGAUGCUGAGGUGCGAAAGGAAGGAAAGGCGACCUUUGAAGAAUGGAAGAACGGGAAGCAUGUAGCAUUUCAUGUCACACACAAGCGCACUGAGAGUGGCCAGGGCCUGUUCAGCGGACCUCGCAAGAUCUUGUCGGUUACGGAAGAGACGAUCGAGUAGGUGGUGACGCGGACGAACGGCGGUGAGACUCCGGGUAAGGGAUACUUCCAUACAUUAGAGCUCCUUUCUAUGUGCUACAACCAUGACCAAGCGCACACAGAACGAUGCG